ACGAUGCUGCAGUGUGCCAGCUGCGAGAAGCCUAUUCUGGAUAGGUUCUUGCUCAAAGUUCUGGACAGACCGUGGCACAUCAAAUGCGUCCAGUGCUGCGAGUGCAAAUGCAGUUUGACAGAGAAGUGUUUUUCACGGGAGGGGAGGCUCUAUUGUAAGAAUGACUUCUUUAGGAGAUUUGGGACCAAGUGUGGCGGCUGCGCUCAGGGGAUUUUACCCAGUGAUCUGGUCCGCAGAGCCAAGAGUAAAGUGUUUCACCUGAACUGUUUCACCUGUGUGAUGUGUAACAAGCAGCUGUCCACGGGAGAGGAGCUGUACAUCCUGGACGAGUUCAAGUUUGUCUGUAAAGACGAUUAUCAAAACAACAACGGCAAAGACACGAUCCUCCUCUCGGUCACGACGUGCAGCGACCCAAGUCUGUCCCCGGACUCCCAGGACCCGCAGGACGACGGGAAGGACUCGGAGACGGGACAUUUAUCUGAUAAAGACGUUUGCAACAAUGAGAAUGAGGAGCAGGGCGCCGUCGGGAAGCGGCGCGGGCCUCGGACCACGAUAAAGGCCAAGCAGCUGGAGACCCUGAAAGCGGCUUUCGCGGCCACACCGAAACCCACCAGACACAUCAGGGAGCAGCUGUCACGGGAGACCGGCCUCAACAUGAGAGUCAUCCAGGUGUGGUUCCAGAACCGCAGGUCUAAAGAGAGACGCAUGAAGCAGCUGAGCGCGCUGAGCGCGCGAAGACACGUGUUCUUCCGCAGCCCGAGGAGGAUGAGGGCGCUGGGGGAGAGGCUGGAACCAGGAGAGCUCGGACACUUCUCUUACUAUGGAGAUUAUCCUGGUGAAUACUACAGCUCAGGAGGGAAUUACGAGUAUUUCCAAGGCCCACCAUCGUCCCAGGCCCAGACUCCAGCAGACCUUGGCUUUGUGCCCUCCUCUGUCCCUGCUGGCACCCCAUUAGGAGCCAUAGACCCCCACCAUCCGGGCCACCACUGUCCUGGAGACGUGCAGUGCUUCUCUGACACAGUGUCUCAUCAUCCCGUGGACUCGCCCAGUCCUGAGCCCAGUGGACCGGGCUCAAUGCACAGCAUCUCCAGUGAGCUGUGUGGCCCCAGCACACCCUACACCACUGUGUCCCUCAGUGACAAUGGAUACACCAACCAGCUGUCACAGCCGUCCUCCGAACUGAGCGAAGGCACGGUCUGGUAA